CAGACUUCAAAUGUUAUGCAACUGUGUUUUUUCUCUCAGAUACAGAUCAACACCCUGAUGACCAGCAUGGCUGCCAUGGCUAAAGAAGAAGGGAAGCUAACAGCGAGUGCGGUGGGUCAGAUAGUGGGAAUGCAGUCUGAGGAGAUCAAACAGAUGGCCUCUGAGUAUGCAGAGAAGCAGUCGGAGCUGACGUCAGAGGAGCGCUCGGAGCGCCACGGCCCGCUGCAGCAGCACCGCCGGGCCGUGGCCUCGAUCAACAAACAGAUCCAGCACCGGACCAAACAACUGGAGGAGCUGAAAGUCAAGCAUGCAGAGGUGAAAACAGGCUGUGACGAUGCCAAGAGAAAUCUGGUUGAGGCUACAGAGUGCUCUGAGAAACUGGACAGAGAGCUGAAGAGUUUGGCUGAGCUGGAGGAGCAGGCUGACAGCAGCUCUCUGGAGAAGCUCAGGGCUUUUGUGACGAUGAAUGAGAACCUGAAGCAGCAGGAGCAGGAGUUCCGCACACACUGCAGAGAAGAGAUGGCCCGUCUACAGCAGAACAUAGAAGACUUGAAGAUGGCAUCAGGACAGGAUACAGACGAGGAGAAGGAGAGGAACCAGCUGAUAGACAAACAGUACAACACAGACAGAGAGAAACUACAGAAGAUCCGUCUGCUCAUGGCUCGCAGGAACCGUGAGAUCGCCAUCCUGCAGAGGAACAUCGAUGAGGUGCCGAGCCGGGCGGAGCUCACCCAGUACCAGAAGAGGUUCAUCGAACUCUACAGCCAGGUUUCUGCAACACAUAAAGAGACUAAGCAGUUCUUCACACUGUACAACACGCUGGACGACAAGAAGGUUUAUCUGGAGAAGGAGGUGAACCUGCUGAAUUCUAUUCACGACAACUUCCACCAGGCCAUGUCGUCUUCAGCAGCCAAGGAGCAGUUCCUCCGACAGAUGGAGCAAAUAGUGGAGGGAAUCAAACAGAAUCGCAUCAAGAUGGAGAAGAAGAGGCAGGAAAACAAAAUGAGGAGAGAUCAGCUGAACGACGAGUACCUGGAGCUGCUUGAUAAGCAGAGGCUUUACUUCAAAACAGUCAAGGACUUUAAAGAGGAGUGUCGGAAGAACGAGAUGCUGCUGUCCAAACUCCGAGCGAAAGGGGCUUCUUAGAGCUUGUUCCACUGGUUCUAAACCCAAACGUGUAAUCUACAUGACAUAAGUAUGAGAGCUAUACAUUCCACUAUUUGUUUAAUUUCUCUUCUUUAUUUCUGAUACAGUUGAAAGCCAACACUUAACCACUCACAUUCAAAAGCCUGUGCUCUACACGUGCUAAUUCCAGCUGACUGAAAAACACAAAUUACUUUUAUAGGUCAAAAGAAGCUCUAAAAUGUUUUGCAUGUUUGAUGUCCCUCUCCGCAAUGAUCACAAAUUACAAACCAAUUUAUUAGUAUCUACUAAGCCCAUUCUUCUCAAAAGAAGGUGUUGAGUGUGUACAUGAACAAUAUUAAGGGGGCACAUAAUAAUCCUAUGAAUCCCCACAAUGUGUUAUUGCUCAUUGGGACUGUAACGCUAACUACACCUUUAUAGCUGCACUCGAUACAUCCACCAUGACUUCAUGUGGAUCACGUGGGACUGCACUGUGCAACACACACUAGGUCUAGGUUCUUGCUGAUGUCAUCUUGUAGAAUGUUUGGAACUAAAGUCCUUAAAUGUUAUUAUAAGAUGUGAGGUUUCCUAGUGUAGCUUUAAACAUCAAUCAUCUUCUAAUCUGUUCUUAUGUGCCUCUGAAGUUUGCAGACUCCUCAUGUCUUAAUUACCAUGUACAACAAGUAUUUAAUAAAUAAACAAAUCUUUCUAUUCAGGA